AUGGCUCUUAAAAGGCUCUCCAGGUUUUUAUCUCUUGUUCUGUCUGCAAUUUCAGUGUAUUUUAGAAGGAAUAUUGGUGUUACAACUGUUGCAUUUAACAAGGAACUUGAUCCUGUUCAAACACUCUUUGUAGACAAGAUUAGAGAAUAUAAAUCCAAGAGACAGGCAGCCGGGGGACUUGUUGUUAUAGGUCCUAAAUAUCAACAAGAUCUGGACAGGGAACUAUUCAAGCUUAAGCAGAUGUAUGGUAAAGCAGACAUGAACACAUUCCCAACAUUCAAAUUUGAAGACCCCAAAUUUGAAGAGGCACCUAAACCCUAGUCUUGAGGAUUAACUACGGAGUGUAUAUUGCUGUUUGAUUAUUUGUCAUGAAU